GGAGCAUAAUAAAAGACCAACGCUAAAGCCGCGCUUGUCUGGCUAUUCAAAGUCCACAUUCAGACGACUCAGACCUCGACCCCGCCUUCUCUUCAUGGCCUUCUCCAUCUCCGCCACCGCACCCGCCGCUAAUCUCUCGCCGCUUACGCCGCCGCUAGAGAAGCUCCUUUUCCCUUCCUUGAGAUCAUACUCUCUCUGCUCCAAAACCGCCCAAAAACCCCUCGUAUUGGCGGCGGCGGCUUCGAAGAACCCCGUCUCCGACGUCAGAUCGGACGAAACUUCUUUCGCUUCUUAUUUUGAUGAGGACCGCACCGACCGUCUCCGUGAAGAGUGCGGCGUUGUGGGAAUCUACGGCGACCCGGAGGCCUCCCGCCUCUGCUAUUUAGCUCUUCACGCUCUCCAACACCGCGGCCAGGAAGGGGCGGGCAUCGUUUCCGUCCACGACAACGUUCUCCAACAUAUCACGGGUGUCGGCUUGGUCUCCGAGGUUUUUAACGAAUCCAAACUCGACAAGCUUCCCGGUGAAAUGGCCAUCGGACAUGUCAGGUACUCUACAGCUGGCUCAUCCAUGCUUAAAAAUGUUCAGCCUUUUGUUGCCAGCUAUAGGUUUGGCUCCGUCGGGGUGGCCCACAACGGCAACCUAGUAAACUACGAAGCCCUGCGCGCUGCUCUUGAGGAAAACGGGUCAAUUUUCAAUACAACCUCCGACACGGAGGUGAUUCUUCACCUCAUUGCGAUAUCAAAGGCGAGGCCUUUUAUUCUUAGGAUUGUCGAAGCGUGUGAGAAGCUAGAGGGGGCUUAUUCUUUGGUGUUUGUGACUGAGGAUAAGCUAGUCGCGGUUAGGGAUCCUUUUGGGUUUAGGCCAUUGGUGAUGGGUAGAAGGAGCAAUGGGGCGGUCGUGUUUGCCUCUGAAACCUGUGCUUUGGACUUGAUUGAGGCCACAUAUGAGAGAGAGGUUUAUCCAGGUGAAGUGGUGGUGGUGGAUAAAGAAGGGUUUCAGUCCCUUUGCUUGAUGACUCACCCAGAGUCUAAAGCUUGCAUCUUUGAGCACAUUUACUUUGCCCUUCCAAAUUCAGUUGUUUUUGGUAUGUCUGUGUAUGAGUCUAGGCACAAAUUUGGUGAAAUUUUAGCUACUGAAUCCCCUGUUGAAUGUGAUGUUGUGAUAGCUGUUCCUGAUUCUGGGGUUGUGGCUGCACUCGGUUUUGCUGCUAAAGCAGGGGUUCCAUUUCAGCAAGGGCUAAUUAGGUCACAUUAUGUUGGUAGAACUUUCAUUGAGCCGUCACAAAAGAUUAGGGAUUUCGGGGUGAAGCUCAAGCUCUCACCCGUGAAGGCCGUGUUGGAGGGGAAGAGGGUUGUGGUUGUGGAUGAUUCGAUUGUGAGGGGAACCACUUCUUCCAAGAUUGUUAGGUUGCUCAAGGAAGCAGGGGCCAAGGAGGUUCAUAUGAGGAUUGCUAGUCCUCCGAUUAUAGCAUCUUGUUAUUAUGGGGUGGACACACCUAGUUCAGAGGAGCUGAUAUCGAAUAGGAUGACUGUGGAAGAAAUCCGGGCGUUUAUUGGAUCAGAUUCACUUGCAUUUCUGUCAUUUGAUAGCUUGAAGAAACAUUUAGGGAGCGACUCUCCCAACUUCUGCUACGCUUGCUUUUCUGGGAGGUACCCGGUUCUGCCAACAGGCAAGGUGAAAAGGGUUGGCGAUUUCAUGGAUGACGGAUUGAGUGGAAAUAUGGGGUCUAUUGAUGGGGGCUGGUUACACAAAACUAAGAUGCUGAAUGAAAAUGAAGAGGCGAUAGCGACACCUGAACUUUAGUUGGUUUCUACAUAUAGUAUUAUGAGUUGAUAAAGUUGGAAGGCUUGGUAGAUUGCUUAUGCUCAAAAGGGAUCAAAUUCUGUCAAGAUCUCACUGUUCUGAAUGUGUUUGCAACUACAACGAUACACUUUUACAGUAUUGUUUACCUGUUCUUGAA